GGCCGAGAGGCGUCGUCGGCGCGCGGGGCCGGGCGGAGCGGCUGGCUCCCUGCCGCGCGCCUGCCGAGGGACCGUCGCCGUCUCGUCGCCUCAGCGCCGCUCUCUAGGCCCGGCCUGCGCUGCCGCGCUCCCUCGCCCUCUUCUCUCUCCGCCGCCGGGCUUGCAGGAUGUUCAUUUUAAAGAUUCUGUGAAGAUGAAAAGUGAUAUCUUAUGGUUUUACGGAAUCUGAAGCAACAUUGUCUGACAUGACGGCAAAAAAUGUUGGUGUGACUUCCACAAAUGGAGACUUGAAAGGAUUUAUAGAUCAGAACCAGAGUCCAACAAAAGGUAAUAUUUCAAUAAUCACAUUACCAGUUUCCAGCACCAACUCCCCAACUAAGAUUUUGCCAAAAACCUUAGGACCAGUCAAUGUGAAUGUUGGACCCCAAAUGAUCAUAAGCACAUCACAAAGACUGACCAAUUCAGGGAGUGUUCUGAUUGGAAGUCCGUAUAACCCAGCUCCAACAAUGGUCACACAGACACACAUAACAGAAGCUUCUGGCUGGGUCCCAGGGGACAGAAAGCGGACUCGAGAAUUUAUAGAAUCAGACUUUUCAGAAGGUAAGAGAAGCAAAAAAGGAGAUAAAAAUGGGAAAGGCCUGAGGCAUUUUUCAAUGAAAGUAUGUGAAAAAGUUCAACGCAAAGGAACGACUUCAUACAAUGAAGUUGCUGAUGAGCUGGUAUCAGAAUUCACAAAUUCUAAUAGCCACCCAGCUACGGAUUCGCAGGCUUAUGAUCAGAAGAAUAUUAGACGGAGAGUUUACGAUGCCCUUAAUGUCCUGAUGGCAAUGAACAUAAUUUCAAAGGAGAAGAAGGAAAUCAGAUGGAUCGGCCUUCCUACAAACUCUGCUCAGGAAUGUCAGAAUCUAGAGAUAGAAAAACAGAAGCGGAUUGAAAGGAUAGAACAGAAGAGAGCCCAACUACAAGAACUGCUGCUGCAGCAAAUAGCAUUCAAAAAUUUGGUACAAAGAAAUCAGCAAAACGAACAACAAAAUCAAGGCCCUCCAGCUUUGAACUCAACAAUACAGCUGCCUUUCUUAAUAGUCAACACUAGCAAAAGAACUGUUAUAGACUGCAGCAUAUCAAGUGAUAAAUUUGAAUACCUCUUUAAUUUCGACAACACUUUUGAGAUUCACGAUGACAGUGAGGUGCUGAAGAGAAUGGGAAUGUCCUUUGGGCUUGAGGCAGGCAAAUGUUCAGCUGAGGACCUAAGAACUGCAAAAUCACUGGUGCCAAAAGCUUUAGAAGGCUACAUCACAGAUAUGUCUGCAGGAUUUUCGUGGAUUAACCAAGGGUUACUUUCAAGCUCAGCACAAGCAGUUUCUCAGUUAGAGGUAGCAGGAGGCACUUCAGAUGCUAAGUCAAGUGAGAAUCCAGGGUUGUGUUUGGAUGCUGAAGUGGCCUUAGCAACCGGGCAGAUUCUUGCCCCUAGCAGCCAACAGUCCAGCAGCGCAACAUCACGCUACUCUGAGUCACGGGGAGAAACGCCAUGCUCCUUCAAUGAUGAAGACGAAGAGGAUGAAGAUGAGGAUUCUUCCUCCCCAGAAUAAGGACAGUAGAAAAUGGAAUAUACAAAAUGCUGCUCAUAAAUAUUCUGAACAGGAGCUCCUGUUCGGAUUUUACUUAAGUUUCUUGCCUUGGUUUCCACUGUAUUCAGUGAAGCAAAGUGGAAGCUUCAAAGCAGAUUCAUCCACAGCUGAAACUGAAAACUUUUUGUAACUGAACACAGAGCGACAUGCAGACACAGAGCAAAGUGGGUUUUUAUCAGCUCUAACCAAGGAAAAGAACAAAGUCCCUGGAGAUUUGGCAAAGUAAACAUCAAGUUCACAUUUUCCAUUUUGGGACAUUCUGUCUCAAGUCUGUCUUCCCCUUAUCUUUACCAGAUGGUGAAGAAAACAGAGUCAGUCCACAAAUGCCAAUUCUUGCAUUGUCUUUUGGCUGUGCUACCUUUAGAAAAAGGGGGAGAGAGCACACGCGAAUGUGCUAAAAGAGCUAUUUAAAACUAUCUUAUAUGAAAAUUGUUCUAGGGAAAAGGGGCUGUUAGAAUGUUUGCUUUUUUCUGUUCAACUUGCUGUAUAGAAGAUUCUUAAAGUAAUAUAAAUUGCAAGUGAUUAAAUGAAUCUCGAAAUAGUUUAAAUCCAUUUUAGAUACUCUAAGACACUAGGUAUGUCUCUUUUGGAAGGUUCAUAUGUUCAUUUAUACUGCAGAUCUAAUUUAUUAUAAAUAAGUGAUUAUUCUUAGCCAUUAUUAAACUGUCAGGAUAAAAACAGCAGUAUUCUCUGCACCAGCUUUUUUCAAGGAAAAAAAAGUUCAAAAAUUGUAUUUCUAUAUUAUAGUGUAUCCAGUAUAGCUUCUCCUUUACUGUUCUAACUCUGUAAUCCCUUUGAUUUUAUAGCAUGUGUUGUUUUUUUUAAGAAGGCCUUUAUGUUAAGGAUCUCAGGCAGCAUGCUUUCAAGCGGUAUUUUCAAAUUCAGGAUGGGCAGGUCACAUAACUCUCAAAGUCAUAGGUUGAGGCUCUUAUGAAAAAAAUUACAUUUCAACAACCCAUCAUUUCAUGUUUUGCAUUCUUGUCAGCUUGGAUUAUGAUAAACUGACUUGCUUCAAGUGAAGCCCUGUGGCACUCACCUUGAUGUGCCAGUAGUGUCCAAACCGCUUCUUCAAAUAACUUGUGGCAAAAAUUGCACAACACGAAUCCCAUUUGAACUGUUAAAUUAGCCUUGCAACAGGAGGCUCCGUGUUCUGUAGUUAACAUCACAGCCAAUCAUAAAGACCUUUAAAACAAACAAACAAAAAAACAACCCAAAACCAAAGCAAAAUACACUGCAGAGAUGUACUCUUCCCAUGGUGUUCUAACAUCCAGUAUGUUAACUAGUCUCGAAGUUAACUACUUUAAUUAGGCAAAUCCAGUUUAAAAUAGUGAUAUUUCUUUUUAGUUUCUAUACUGCCUGUAAAUAGUUGACCUGCUGCUAAGUACCAGUGUGUUCGCUCUCAGAGCUCCGUGAUGUUGGCUCUGUUAUUUAGGUACGAGAUCAGGCAGCGCUGAUACUGUUAUUUGCUUGAGCCGUGUACCCCGGGAGUGCUGUGGCCGUUCCUCCAGCGCAGCGUGGGGUACGUCCGCGUGCAGUUUUACAGACAAACCUGCACUCGGGCAGCAAGCCCGAGCUAGUGCGGUAAGCUGAGGCUCCAGCUGCAGGGCUCCCUGGCUGUUGCGCAGGAGUUAGCACACACCUGGCUACCUAUGGGACAGGUAAAACCGUGAGGAGUAUACAAGCACACCUGCAUGUUUGCAUUGAAAAUUUGGAAACUUUUCACAGGUAGUUGGAACUCCUGCAUUUGAGAGACAGGGCAGCACCGUUAUUUAGGUCCAGCUCUUGACUGAGCAAGUAGAGUCAUCUCACACAAACAAGUUUCAAAUGCACAAAUUAAAAGAAUUCUUACAUGCCUACCGUGUUACUCACCCUCUGGGCAAGACUGUUAAGACUGUCCUGUGCUCACAGGCAACACCAGACUACGGGAUUUACACCACCUCACUUCAACCAAAUCUGUAACACUACCUCUAUAGGAAGAAAAGCUUUACAAAUACAAUAUAAUAAAUAAUAUUCUUGCUGAGUCAAUGCACUUGAUUGAUGUGGCUUGCUUGUGAAAUAAGAGGAGAAGGUAACAUUGUCCAGACAUAUUACUAUGGAAUUAUCAGCUUCAUGAAUGACAUUUCAUUUAAACAGAUAAUUGCUUUAUUCUUAAAAACCCAUUGUUUUCUUAAAAAUUUUUCAUCAGCAUGUACUGGAGAAGGCAGAUCAAAAAUACCUGAUACAUGCAGGAUCCUAAGGAACUCUUAAAGAGGGGUGUAUUUUUAAAGUUAUUAUUUCCCCCUCCCCACCACAUUAGGGGCACAUUUAACUUUAUACCUUCUUCAAUAAUAAUAUAGGAGCACAUAACAUUUAUUUAGACAGUUGAACCAGCUCUUUAAGUUAUUUUUCUGAAACUAUGAAGUUGAAUACAAAGGAUAAAACAAGUUAGAACAUUUCAAAGAUACUUCAAAAGGAAAUUAUUUCCUUGGGAUUCUUUGUGCCAAGUUCCAGUUGAGAAUGAAGUGCAACUAAAGCACUGUGGUCUUGGGGUUACAUUACAUUAUGGGAACCAGCAGAAUUUUAGGCCCUAACCAGCCAUGGUGGCUGGUGUGUGAUCUCAGGCAAGCCCUUCAGUCAUUCUUGUUGAUCUUAGCUGACAUAUUGAAAGAAUAAAACCAACAGGUACAUGCAAGACCUCACAAAAUGCAGCCGCUGCAUCUGAAUUGAGCUCUCACCAACUAUGAGCAAAGGGACUGAGAAUAUUAAGCAACCACACAGCUCCCACUAAGCUAACAGCAGCAGCAGGUAUUUGCCGCAAUUAAAUGCUCAUCAGCACGACUGGUUUUCCCAUUCUCCAUUCAGUUACCAUCGGCCCCUCGUGUCUCGUGCAACACUCGACAUCCAUUGGUAUGAAACAAGUAGCAACUGGUACUAGUGGUAUCUCUUAUAAGACAAAGUUCACAUUUACAUGCAGGUCAUGUUUCUGAGUCUUGGAACACUAUUCCAUGCUUAUACAUCCAGAAGGCACCUGGCUGCAAGCAAUGUAAUACUGUGUGUAAAUGCUUUACAUAUAUUGCAGUAAACAGCUUCAUUUCUGGACUGACUUUAUAGUGCCUGAAAAAUCUAAAUUUGACUUGGAAAAACAUGUCAGCAGCACAAACUAGAGCAAAAAAAAAAUUGAGUGGGAGACUGCAUUUUUCUGUUCUGUGGAAAUCUGACAUAAUGUUUGUGGAUUUGUGUAUUUAAAAUUGUAUUAAGGUGUGCCAGUCUUCUCCUUUCAACUCUGGAAUUAAUGGCAAUAAUCCACCCAAUCCAAGAAAGUGUGUAUAUUUAAAAACUAAUACCAGUUUAACUGAAGGCAGGAUUUUAACUAACUUCAUUAAACCUCGUACAUGCCACACUGUAGACAAGUCCAUUUUGGCUAAGGGUUUUGGUUAGUUUGUUGAACUAUAGCUUGAAAAUACUCCACAUCCUUCUGAGCUGCUGGAAACUGCAGAACACCCACAGGACUUGUGCUGGUCAGCCAAGUCAGCCUGAAGUAACAUUAUGUAAAAAGGCCUAAUAACCACAUCUUAAUUUUUAAGAAAAAGACCAAACCAACCAACAAGUUCAUACAUAAAAUGCUUGAGUUUAGAAUUCUACAGGUAAGGUUUUAAACAUCAAGUGCUCGCUCUUCUGACCAUAUCCACUGUAUUAAUUUAAGCACACAGCUGAAACUUAAUCACAUUUGAACACCGGGAAAUACUCAUUUUUAUAAUUAACUGGCUCUGUUCAGCUGAAAACAUUCAGGCAGUUUAUGGAGAAGACUGUCCUUUCGGGCAGUUAAAGGCAUUUUGGGUUUGGAUUAAUUUAAUAGCAAAGCUAGUAACCACAGGCUAUGGUAUAUAGUAAACAUACAAAACAAGUUAUUUUCUGACCAACCCCCCUAAUUUAUAUCUUUUCGUUACAAGACUCUCUCAGGGACAUAAGUAUUUUAAAUAACCAGAUAGAAAGAAGCUGAGAAAAGACUAUAUGAGCAUUUUAAAGUUUUUAUUUAAAAUGUUCUAGUAAUAGUCAUACUUUGAGGUGCCAUCCUUCUGCUCUACUACAAGCUUAAUUAGUUUUAAAUAAAUAAAUGCUGCAGUUGAGUUACUCCAAGGCCUGGUAUAUUGUACAGCUGAAGGCGUCUAAACCUUCAGCCCUGGGAAACGGUGCCUCUUGCAGCGCUGCUGAUGGCCAGGGAAGAGGCUAAAGACUCUUGGUCUGUUCAUGGAGUUUGGGUUUUAUUUUAAAUAUGCUACUUCUUGAAUUCUGACUUAUGUCUAGAGGCAAUAUGCUAAUAAAUAAUUUAUAAUUUCUCAUUAUCACAGAUGUGCUCUUGCAAGCAUGUUACAGCUCUAAAUACUUAUUUUUCCGCUGGCAGGUGUUCAUAUAACCAAAUCCUGAUACCAUGAAAAUUCCUGAAACUCUCAUGCCUUAGACUUAACCAAGUUCCCAGAUCAGCUGGUGCUGACAGUUUGGUGAGGAAAUGUUCAUAGAAGCAGCCCCAAAGUAACGACGGAAGGCGCUGGUUAUUGCAGCUGCUCAGAGAGUGCAUGUUCAUUAUACAUCUUUAAUACUCCUGCCUUGUCUGGCCUACCCCAAAGAUCAGCCAAAACCAACAUUUCUUUUUUGCUUACCUCUUUUUUGACAGUACCCAAGAAUCCAACAUUUAGGAUAUCCGCCUAAGCUGCAGGACACAAAAAAUCCUUGCUCAAAAUUGUGCAGAAGAAACACCUAACUGUCCAGAUGCCAGGAGAAAGCCCCCACUUAGGAACAAUACGGAGCAAAUUAAUAACUUAAUUUUUCCUUUCUCCGAUAAGAGAAGCGGGCUGGCCUGGAUCAGCUCAGGGGCUCUGUAAGAGGGCCAUAAUUCCAAGCAGAUACAGCAACCUCCCAGCAGCCCAGAUGUGCAGCUCUUAGUAUCAGCUACAGUAAGUGGCAACUACUUCAUCUUCUGACUUCUCUAAAUGCCGUUCUUAAAUACUCAGUGCUUUCCAGGCCUAGGCAGUUUAGAUAUAUCAACACCAUGGGAUAGCAGGAUGCAGCUAGGUAAAACUUCAAUCCAGUUGUAGAUAUAAAUCAAAUUCAUCUAUGCAGUAUAUAGGAAGCUUUUUCCGAGACAAAAUGGGUCUCUAAGUGUGGCUUCUUUUUAGCCUAUUCUCAUUAUCCAGGCUGAAACAGAAAUGAAUCCCUAGCAGUGUCUGGUUCUCGUGCCUUCCAUGCAGCAGCAAUGGCACACCCCUAACAGCAAGGCAGCUCUAGAGGAAAAACCACCACAUAUCCAGAGCCCUUCCCAUUGACAUCUUCAGGUCACAUACAAUUAUUCUGAACAGCCACAAAUGUUGAAACAUUGACCAUAAAAGAUGAAGUCCACAAAAUUGGUCUCAUUUUUUUUUGGUGGGUUUGUUAAAUCCCUAAUGUAAAUUUAACAAUUAGUAGAUUUGGUUACACUAAUGAGAGAUGAAGUGGAUCUCCCAGAAUUUCCCUCAAAAAUCACCAGCCGAAUCACAACCCACCACACAAGUUUCUGGCACACUCCCUGGUCCCUAAAGCCGGGCUGUAUAUAUGAAAAAUACUUCAGAGACUAUAUGCAAAUGUUACGACACUGUAUCUCACAAGCACCUACUGUGAAAAAAUUAAUCCCAUUUUGAACCAACCUGUAAGCACACGGGUGUGAGUUCAUCCUCUUUCCUCAGCUCCCGGCUGCAAAGAACGCCCGUGGUGUCAGCAGUAACCCCGUGCAGGCACCGCUUGUACACACCGCGAAUCUGCUGAAUUCUGUCUGGUCUGGCAAGAGCCGGACCGCUGGCACCGAGCUGACGCCGACGUGCACAGCCCAAGGCACGGAGCCACCGCAACGUGCCGCGUGCGGCAAGACGGCAGGUGCAUCCGUCCAUCUGUCCCCCGUCACCCCAGCGCUUCUUAAAAUCCACUCUGCAUGGAAGCAAGUUCCUUUUCGUAUUUAAAAUGCAGAAACCACUUGAAGGUCCAUUAACUUUUAAAUCAAUGGAGACUUUUUUUUUUUGAGAGAACACAGAGAAAGCUACUUUGUGACCUCGUUCAAUGCUGAACUCAAAGGAGGGUUUGUAAAUGUGGUAGGUGGGAAGAAAAUAAGCACUGACAAAUCCAUUUUAUGAGGAUGCUAACUAUAUGGGAUUUGAAGUUUUAAUUAAUUUUUUAAUCCACUCUUAUUCUCCCCCUCCCCCAACAUACGUAUUGGCACAAAGUGUCACACAAACACUUAGGCAGAAAUUUUUCUCCCUUGUGCUUAACUCCCGAGUCUUUGGGAACGUCAAAGUUGCCCAUUCAUCUUUUAAACAACUUCCUGCAUAUUUUUGAGUUCUCCAUAGAUUAGUUUCUAAUUUAAAGGAAAGCAAAGUUUUAUUUUUGCAGAAACACUGCUAUUAAGCUACGCUGAUUUUGUUUGUCCUGAUCAAAUAGUGUUAAUUUCUACUACCACACUGUACAUGGCUAGGAGUAGUGUAAAAAAGAAUGUGGUAGUAUUAUAUGUGCUUUAAACACUGACAAAGGUAUAAAGAAAAAUACAUAUACAAAGUUUUACUUUCCUAAUAGGAACACUGGCAUUAGCAAAUAGUAUAUUUGAACCAAUAGGAAAUAUUACUUUGAAGUAGCGAACACUUUGUAAAUAAAAACUUGUUAUUUUUAUAAUGGAAAUUUUAUAGAAGAAGCUAUUUCUGUAUACUCAGUUGAUCCAAUGUUUACUGAAAAUGCUGCAAGUGUGAACUGUACGUUGCAAAAUGGGGUGGGGAGCAGGCAACGCUGACUGAAGUGAAAACUAUGUACGCCCGGGAGAAAAACAUCCAGCGGCCUGUGAGCAGGUGUGUAAAGCUUCACUGUACAAGAACUGAAUAAAAGAAUUUCAAGGCGA